GCGGCGGCGGCGGCGUCAGUGCCCGGCGGGGAGCGGGUCCCAGGCCGCCGCCGGACCGGAGGCUAAGGGGGCCUCUGGGAGCUCCCUCGCCGGGCCCUCGGUAGCCUGAUGGCGUAGGAAGGACGGGCUGUGAGUGUUGACAUUGAGUGUUUCAGAUCUGGUCACUAUGGUCCGAGAACGAAAAUGCAUCUUGUGCCACAUUGUGUAUGGCUCAAAAAAGGAGAUGGACGAACACAUGCGGAGCAUGUUGCAUCACAGGGAGCUUGAGAACCUGAAGGGCAGGGACAUUAGUCAUGAGUGCCGAGUGUGCGGGGUCACAGAAGUGGGUCUCUCUGCAUAUGCAAAGCACAUUUCUGGCCAGUUGCACAAAGAUAAUGUUGAUGCCCAGGAAAGAGAAGAUGAUGGAAAGGAAGAGGAAGAAGAAGAUUAUUUUGACAAGGAACUUGUUCAGUUAAUAAAAGAAAGAAAAGAACAAAGUCGACAAAAUGAGCCUUCCAGUAACAGCCAAGAAAGAAACUCAGAUGACAGGCAACCCCAGUGGAGACGAGAAGACCGAGCCCCUUACCAAGACAGAGAGAGCUAUGGCCAGCCAGCGAGGCAUCACCGUGGACCUCCGCAGCGGGACUGGAAAUGGGAAAAGGACAGCUUUAAUACCACCAGAAAAAGCAGCUUUCCGCAUUUGAGGAAUAGCGGUGGGCCAAGAGGAGGUUCUGGGUGGCAUAAAGGUGCUGCAAGGGGCUCAUCAGCGUGGUUCCAUAAUCACAGCAACUCUGGAGGUUGGCAUUCAAACAAUGGGGUGGUGGAUUGGAACUAUAAUGGUACAGGAAGGAAUUCCAGUUGGCAUUCUGAAGGAACAGGUGGCUUUUCCAGCUGGCACAUGAACAACAGUAACGGAAACUGGAAAUCCAGUGUGCGUGGUACAAAUAGUUGGAAUUACAAUGGCACUGGAGACAAAUUUCAACAAGGCAGAAACAGAAAUUCUAACUAUCAAAUGGAAGACAUGACCAAGAUGUGGAACAAAAAACCUAAUAAGCCAAGUAAGUACAAUCAGGAGAGAUACAAAUGGCAGUGGCAGGACAGUGACAAAGCUGGCAAAUACAGAGGUCCUGCCGAGGGGUUUGCCAGUGACCAGUUCCCUUCGGAAGGCUUACUCGAGUUCAAUUUUGAGCAACGGGAAAGUCAGACCACUAAACAGACAGACACAGCAGCCUCAAAAAUUAAUGGAAAGAACGGCAACACAGCAAGGGAGAAGUUCCGCCGCUGGGCACCUUAUCCUUCCCAGAAGACUCCAAAUUUACAGUCGGCCCUCAGAGAAGCCACUGGCAACAAGUCAGAAGUGGUAGAUAAACCUCUCUUUAAUUUUAGCUUAAUAACUGCAGGAAUGCAAGAACCCGUUGAUAAAACGAUGCUAAAAACACAAAAGGAAGUGCGUCCUGGAUCUCCCAGUCACAAAGCCGGUCCUGAUGGCACUGCUUUCUGUGAGGCGGCGAGAGCUUGCCCCAUUACUGAACAGUCUGAACCACAUCGGAAGUCAAAUAAGAGUCCAUUGUUGAAAUCCCCUCUCCUUUCACUUCCAACUCCUAAACCAGGCCCUCAUAAACAUAGUUUAAAGAACCGCUCAAAAAACAAUGAAACAAAAUCCUUUUCUCCUGGAGAUCGUUCAUAUCUCUUGAACAAAUCCACUGUAGAAGGUAGCCAUGGUUCUUUCUACUCACCCAAGUCACAUGACUUAUGCCCUCGUGUUUUAAAGGGGAGUAAAACCGUGUCAGGCUCUGAAAAGGAACCUGACCAGAAGUUAAAUGACACAUCGCAGAAAGCUCAAGAGGCACUCCAGUGUUCCAAAACACCGCGGAAGCCGCUCCUUAGCACGCCCAAAAGGCCUGAGAACCGAGUAAAAGAAAGUAGGAGUGUAGAAGAGUCAGCAGAAGACUCUGUAAAUGUUGAGUGUCAGGUGCGCUUGGCUGAAAUUGAUGGUGCCACAUCUGAUCCAGAAAAGCACAGCGUAAAAAGUGGAGCAGUAGAUCUGGCAGCUACAGAGGCCGCAUCCUGUAGUGCUCACACUGCGGGUGAGGAGCGAGGGAGCCAGGUCCUGGGCACAUCUGGGACCCUUUCCACCUCCCCACACCAUCCCACAGUUCACCAGAAAGAGGCCGAGUUAGAGGUAGCAGAAGCAGCCAGUUCACACUCUAGCUUACUGCUAGACUUGAAGACCUCUCUAGAAGGUGUACAGGAUAACAACCUUGUUAAAUCUGAUGGACCUUUUGAAACAGAGAGCUUCGAGGGUGCUAGCUUGGACACAGAGCUUCAGAAAAGUGAUAUCAGUAAUCAGCCCCCAGGCACACUCCUGCCAGAUCUAAGUAAACUUGGUUUUCCUGCCUCGCUCCAGAGAGAUCUAACCCGACACAUUAGUUUGAAGAGCAAAACUGGAACACAUCUUCCAGAGCCAAACCUCAAUAGUGCUCGACGGAUUCGGAAUAUUAGCGGCCACCGAAAGAAUGAAACAGAGAAGGAGUCUGGGCUUAAGCCAACCCUACGACAGAUUCUAAAUGCGUCAAGGAGAAAUGUCAACUGGGAACAGGUCAUUCAACAAGUAACCAAGAAAAAGCAAGAGCUGGGCAAAGGUUUACCCAGGUUUGGCAUAGAAAUGGUACCUUUGGUUCAAAAUGAACAGGAAGUCUUGGAUUUAGAUGAAGAGCCUGAUCUGUCCAGACUUGAAGGAUUCCAGUGGGAAGGUGUUUCCAUUUCCACAUCCUCCGGCUUGGCAAGAAAACGAAGCCUUUCUGAAAGCAGCGUGAUCGUGGACAGGGCUCCUGGAUAUACCUUCUUUAGUGAGGAAGGUACCGGCAAAGAAAAUGAACCCCAGCAGGUUGCUUCACCUAGUAACACAUUGAGUGCUGCCCCGAGUCAAAAGGCAGCCAUGUAUCUUGAUCAGGAAGUGGCACCUCUGACUCCCUCUGUCAGAACAGGUGAAAGGGUUGGAAACAUUCCUACCCAAAGGCGACAUAGUGCACAGUUACCAUCUGAUCCCAUGAUGCCUUUCAUGCAUUCAGCCAGAGAGCUGCACAGCCAGGAGAGGUCUACACCAUCGUUGGAGCACUGUGCCCAGGAGAGCAGUGGAGAGGGAAACUCACUGUCAUCAAAUGCAUCUUCAGUUCAUGCAAUCUCCAGCCUAGCAGAUGCAGCCACUGACAGUAGCUGUACCUCAGGUGCUGAGCAGAACGAUGGGCACAGUGUUAGAAAGAAGCGAAGAGCCACCGGGGAUGGAUCUUCCCCUGAACUACCAAGUCUUGAGAGAAAAAAUAAAAGGAGGAAAAUUAAAGGAAAGAAAGAACGUUCUCAGGUUGACCAGCUACUGAAUAUCUCCUUAAGAGAGGAAGAACUGAACAAGUCGCUGCAGUGCAUGGAUAACAACCUCCUGCAGGCGCGGGCUGCUCUACAGACAGCUUAUGUGGAAGUUCAGAGGUUGCUCAUGCUCAAGCAGCAGAUAACUAUGGAGAUGAACGCACUGAGGACUCACAGAAUACAGAUUCUACAAGGAUUACAAGAAACGUAUGAGCCCUCUGAGCACGCAGAACAGGCUCCCCACAGCUUCACAGCACGAGAACAAAGGAACAGUCAAUCUCAGACCUCUCUUGAGACCCCACUGCUGCCUACUCCCCUUUUCCCAGGGUUUCUGGAGCCGCCUCCUUCCCAUGUGUCUCUACCAUCCACUGGAACCCCUCUCCAAUUAACCACGUCUGCUUUCCAAGUCCAUGGUACUCUCCCUGACUCAUCAGUUCAGAUUAAACAAGAGCCCAUGUCUCCUGAACAAGAGGGGAGUAUGAAUGCUGUGCCCCAAGGCCCUGCUUCCAGUGUGUCCAAGGAAUUACUGCAGACUAAUAGAGUGGUCAGUGACAGCUUCCCAGUUUACCCAGCCACCCCUGCAGCAUUAACUUCAGAGUCCACAGAAAGCUGCCUGGAGGCUAACCGAGAUAAGAAUUCUCCUGUGGGGCAAGUAAAUUCCAGAAGCAGAGAAAACUCCCUCUCCUCCCAGUCUCCUGAGCAUCCUGGCGUAAACAAAGGUGAAGAGUCUGCCAAAGGCAGCAGCGGAUCUGAAGCCUGUAGCAGUUCUUUUCUGAGGCAGUCUUUCACUCCCGAAACCCCUGUGGAGAAGGAGACUCACUCUCCAGCUGAGCAGCAGGCUGAAUCCACACUGGCAUCAGCAGAAACUAGAGGGAGCAAGAAGAAGAAGAAACUCCGGAAGAAGAAGACGCUAAGGGCCACCCAUGUUCCCGAGAACAGUGACACUGAACAGGAUGUGUUCACUGCUAAGCCUGCAAGAAAGACAAAGGCUGGAAAGGUAGCUAAAGGGGGGAAAGUGACGACCUCCACCUGGGGAGACAGCAGACCUGGGCGGGAGCAAGAACCUCUUGGAGCGGAGCCCGACAGUGAGUCCUCCCUGGAAGUCCUGGAAGUCCCUAAUCCUCAGUUAGAGGUAGUUGCCAUCGAUUCUUCUGAAUCUGGAGAAGAGAAACCAGACAGCCCAUCAAAAAAAGACAGCUGGAGCUCUGCAGAGCAAAACCCAGUAGAAGCUUCUCGUUGUGGUUGUGAUGAAGUUAGCUCUACCAGUGAGCUUGGCACCCGCUACAAGGAUGGCGUUCCUGUCAGUGUGGCAGAAACUCAGACAGUGAUCUCCUCCAUAAAAGCAUCCAAGAACUCUUCAGAAAUAUCUUCAGAGCCAGGAGAUGAUGAUGAGCCAACAGAAGGGAGCUUUGAGGGACACCAAGCUGCAGUGAAUGCAAUUCAGAUAUUUGGAAACUUGCUGUACACAUGCUCAGCAGACGCAAGUGUCCGAGUCUAUAAUUUGGUGAGUCGGAAGUGUAUUGGUGUCUUCGAGGGCCACAUUUCCAAAGUGAACUGCCUGCUUGUCACUCACACCUCUGGGAAGAAUUCUGUCCUGUACACUGGUUCCAGUGACCACACCAUUCGCUGCUAUGAUGUCAAGACCCGAGAAUGUACAGAACAGUUAAAGCUGGAAGACCGGGUUCUCUGCCUUCAUAAUAGAUGGAAAAUCCUCUAUGCUGGGCUGGCAAAUGGCACUGUGGUCACUUUCAACAUAAAGAACAACAAGCAACAGGAGAUCUUCGAAUGCCAUGGCCCUCGGGCAGUGAGCUGUCUCGCCACAGCUCAGGAAGGUGCCCGCAAACUGCUGGUCGUAGGAUCUUAUGACUGUACCAUUAGUGUCCGUGAUGCACGGAACGGGCUCCUGCUCAGAACCCUGGAGGGCCACAGCAAGACUGUUCUUUGCAUGAAGGUGGUGAAUGACCUUGUGUUCAGCGGCUCCAGUGACCAGUCAGUCCAUGCUCACAACAUCCAUACUGGUGAGCUUGUGCGCAUCUAUAAAGGUCACAAUCAUGCAGUGACCGUGGUGAAUAUCCUGGGGAAGGUGAUGGUAACUGCCUGCCUGGACAAGUUUGUCCGAGUCUACGAAUUACAGUCCCAUGAUCGACUGCAAGUUUAUGGAGGACACAAAGACAUGAUUAUGUGUAUGACCAUCCAUAAAAGUGUGAUUUACACUGGUUGUUAUGAUGGAAGCAUCCAGGCUGUGCGACUGAAUCUGAUGCAGAAUUACCGCUGCUGGUGGCAUGGCUGUACUCUGAUAUUUGGUGUUGUGGAUCACUUAAAACAACACUUGCUCACUGACCACACCAAUCCGAACUUUCAGACGCUGAAGUGUCGCUGGAAGAACUGUGAUGCUUUUUUCACAGCUAGGAAAGGAUCCAAGCAGGAUGUUGCAGGACAUAUUGAACGACAUGCUGAAGAUGACAGCAAGAUGGAUUCGUGAAGUUUUUUGCCUCCCAUGUUGGGAAGUCAUUUGUAAAUUGUUUUCACAUUGGCCCUCCCACAGGCCGCUCUGUCCUCCAAUGAAGCUGGGAAGGAGAAAGUAGCUCACAGCCAGACCUACCACUAGCAAAGUCUGGGCAGUCUGUGGGAAGAUAGGUUACAUACAAUUCAAGUCUGUGCUGGAGCGUUUAAGGGUGAUGUUUAAGCAGAUUUUAAGAAACCAGGUUCUUCUGGGAGAGAUGACAGUGAUUUAUGCUAGUAGAUUAUAGUUGUUUAUUAAAGAAUCAGAUUUUAAUUGUUACCCAGUUUGACCCUAAUCAUACACAUAUUUUAUUGAUUCCAUUUUUCAUUUCUGCUUUAUGUUCGUAUGAAGGCUUAUGAUAGGUUGUUCAGGAUCAGUUUUAACUCCUUCUUUUGAGAUAACUGGGUAUUUAAAAUUGAAGCAAUCAUUUUCUUUUUUGAUAAUUAUGUACAGUGUUUCACUAGUGAGUGCUCUGUAGAUGGACAGAGCUGGCUGUAGGAACAAAACAUGGAGAGUCCCGAGAAACAGCCUUUCUAGUGUUUUAAACCACUCCAGGGUGCUCAGUGUGGCGCCCCUUCACUGCUGCAGUCACUGCCGCUCGAACUGAAGUCUACCUUCAUUCCCUUUCCAGCAUCUGGCUCUCAGAGUCCACAGAGCCUGGACGCCUUGUGGGUUGCUCUGUGGCCAGCUCCUAUCUCUGACUACCUUGCUGUGCCUAAAGCAAUGGCACAGGGGGCUCAUGGGUGCUUUCACCCCUCCUGCAGCUCCCUAGAUAGGGGAGCUGGGGAAAGCAUCUAGAUUCAGGGAUGUGACUUCUGGAGCAGUGUCUGCCUCACAUCUGUGCCACUCAAGACACUGGAGCAGUGAAGGAAAGGCAACCAUUGGGAGCACCCAUGUCACGUGCCUUAGCAGGAUCGCUUUGGGCUUGGAUUGUCUCGAGACUUGUGUGUAAAACUAAACAAGUGUUACUUUCUAAUCUUUCGUUUCUGGAUUCUCAAAACUCGGGUUCUUCAGAGGGAGAGGACCCUCAUACCACACUUCCUAGCUUCAGGAUGCAAUGCUUUCUGGUACUAGGAUUGCAGAUUCUGUUUUUGUACCUGGCCUGAUCAAACCUCCCCAUACCAUAGGCUCUAGGGCAGGGCAACUCCACCAGGGAUUGAUGGAUGGGCUGCAAGCCAGUCUGAAUCCUCUGAAAUUGCAUGGAAGACUAAGUAUGUCUUUUUUCCCCCUUGGAAUGGUUCCAGUAGUUCUUAGUGGAUCCAGAAAAUGUUAAGAAUGAAUCUAGCGGCUGAUGAUAACUCAUGAGUGACUAUUGUUUGGGAAAACUUUUGUUGACCACAUGGCUGCCGCUGAGAUCUUACUGACAAAGCAUAAUUAUGCCAUUUCUGUGUAAGAUCAAAAACCUUCCCCACCUCUCACCUCCACUCCCUGUAAGGGGGACCAGAGGACACACACUUCUGUGAGUCUGGGAAGUGAUUACUUAGGAAAGCUCAUGUGGGUUUAUUGCUAAACCUGCAUCAUUCUCUGGACUACAGCAUCUCCCGGGUUUCCACGUAGGCAGGCAGCGUGCUAAGGAAGCACAGGUUCCUGUUCACCCAGGGGAGUGCAGGAAGGGAUGAGGGUGGCGCUGGUGCGCAGCAGGGAAGAAGAGUGGCAGGUGUUGACCAGCGGUGGGGACGCUGGAGGGCUUAAGGGCAUGCUGUUGGGCAGGAUCAGGAGGAACUGUGGUCAGAGUUUCCCUUGGUGGCAUUGUGUGCAUGUGUUUGCUCGCUCGUGUGCGUGUGUGCGCUCACACGCUUGCACCUGCACUGCCGUGUCCUCAUUUCACAAGGGUCUCUUUGAAGCAGUGGAUUGAGAACUGUUCUCCGGGUUGAGACAGAAGUGCGACUCCUGCGUAAGUUGUUCACUAAAUCUAUCAUUCACAUCAGCCCCCGGUUCCCUAAAGGGGGUAGCUCGGGUCUGCUGAUUUGAUGAAGGAAGUGACUAAUAGCCUGCCAAACCCAAGACAUUUCUUAGGAGUACUUGCAGGUCAUUUUUAAUGUUUUUAAUCUUUUAUGCCUAGUCCAGCAGCUCAAAGCAAAGAAAAUCUUAAAAAAUCCUUUUGUGUUUACAGUGACGGUUCUAAUAAAAUACCAAACACUUUGAUUUUUUUUUUUAAGUUUUCACUUAGGUUCAAAACACAUAUUGACUUAUUUUGCUCAACUAUAAACAAUGCAAAUUUAAAAAGGGCAAGACAUGUCAUUCUGACAUUACUUAAGUUUGAGAAGUUGUUAUUCAGCAUUACACUUGUUACUUUUGUGAGGCAAAUGUUUUACUCAGGAGAGUUAGUAGUUGAGGAUUUGAAUUCAUGAAUUACACAGAACCAAGCCAAUACUUUUUGUGAUUGAAGUGACUCUUGCCAACCAAGGUUUGGUUUUUGUUCUCUUUUGUUUCUGGUAGAUUUAUCUAUGGGACAAUUUCAGUGUGUGGGCAUGUGGCCGAGUUGUUGGGUGUGGGUGCACACUUACAGGAGUGACAGUAUUAUCUCAUGGAAGAUAAUUCAUUGGGAAGGAAAUUGAGGUAUAUCGUGAAGUAGAGUUUGAACAACACUGGUCUUGUGGUUUGGUUAAAUAGCUGCGAUUUGCUUAUACUUACAUAGCAAAUUUGUUCCUGUUGCUUCAAGGAGAACUCUAGGAUUAACUUAUUAAGGCUGUACUUGCUGUUCUUGUAGUGGUUUCAUCCCUGUCCUGUCAUUGAGAGCCUUGGGUUUGAGGGAGGUGGCCCAGUAGGGAAGAAGGGGAGAAGCUGUGGUGGGGGUGGGGUCCCACACUUCCAGAUGCAGAUGUGUGUAAGAUUAACCUACUGCUCACCACACAGCAACCUUCUCUUCACCUCCAGCCCAAGGACAAGGCCCAGAAGUAGCCCAGUGCUGGCAGAGGGUAGAAAGGAAAGGCCGUGGGGAGAGCAAUGCCCAGAACUGCCCAGCAACUUGGUUUCUUAUUGUAUUCCAACAUUAAAUAUGGAUUAGAAGAAAUGUCAGGUGACGUUUGACUGCAAAGAUAUUUCUAAACAGCCUUCUUACGUUUUGGUAUAAAAGCUGUGAACUUCAUAACUUUGUAAGUGAGAUAUAAAGCAAAUACAAGAAGAAAAUAAAGUACUUUUACUAAGUGUU